AUGAGGGGGCUGGUGGCACUCCUGCUGCUACUGGUUGGCGGCUUGAUGGACGCGGUGGCCCUGCCCGCCAGACCUCCAGCGUCCGACACUCACCAGCUGCUGCCGCCGGCACUUCGUGGGAGACAUCACCAGGAGGCCUCCAACAGCCCACUUUUGCCGAAGAGUCGACGUACUUCCGAGCUGAUCGAGACGAUGGUGUUGAUGGCGGCAACAGCAGAGCAUGCAGAUAUAAAUCAGAGACCAGCAGAGAAGUUGGCGACUCCUGGAGACGUGUCGAGAACAUAUAUGGCCACAAUAGAACCGACGCAAGAUAAUAGAGUUACAAUACACACAACACCACUGGAGACGGAAGCGCCUACGGAAAAGACAGAAGAGCCUAUAGGUACAUCUGACACAACGGCUACUGAAGAUACAUCGGAAAUAAGUACGACGGGACUGACGACUGAUGAGACAACAAUACUGGAUUCGACAACGGCGGAAGAUACAACAUGGACGGUAGAUACGACAAUCACAACACUAAUACCAACGACAACUGGUCUUCCAUCGGAGUCUACGACAAAAGUGACGACGACGACGGCGACGGCAACACCGGCAACAACAACAACAACAACAACACAACACCCAUCUUCGGCACCACCACCAGAAUCUACAUCGACAACAACCACAACCACAACAACGCAGUACCCAACUACAGUCCCACCGCCGGAGCCUACAUCCACAACAACAACAGAGCAUCCGCCCACUGCACCACCACCAGAAUCUACAUCGACAACGACAACGACAACCACAACAACGCAGCACCCAUCUACAGUCCUACCGCCGGAGUCUACAUCCACAACAACAACAACAACAACAGAGCAUCCGCCCACUGCACCACCACCAGAAUCUACAUCUACAACGACAACCACAACAACGCAGCACCCAUCUACAGCCCUACCGCCGGAGUCUACAUCCACAACAACAACAACAACAACAGAGCAUCCGCCCCCUACACCACCACCAGAAUCUACAUCCGCAGCAGCCACGACGACCACGACGACGGCGCAUCCGCUGCCGCCAGUGGACUCCACAACGUCGACCUCGACCAUGACUACGACCACUGCCAGAGUUCUUCUUGUGUCACAAACCAUACAGGCGACUCCAGUUCAUUCAGUGUAAUUUACAGGUCAGUUUCCACUUUGUCAAUUUACUCAUAACUGUACACAACCCACGCCGACAAUCAGACGAUUGUUACUUGCCGUUAUGUACCGGAAACUUCACAACCAUAGUGCGCCAAAGACUUUCCGCAAGACUUUCUCCUUACUGAUCGUCAGAAGAGCGAAAUAUCACGUUAUAUGACCUGUAUUAUAUGUGUUAAUGUAAUUGUAUUCUAUAGUUCUUCCAAGCUGUGAUGCUGCAUAUGAUACAUAAGCAGUAUAAAGCAUUACUUUUCCUUUCACUUUUUUGUUUUUAUUUAUGCUGGGAGUUACAAAAAGAAUUCUGUGAAAAUGACUCCCCCCACACCACACCACGAAAUUAAAUAUUGAGCAAAUGGGGCGCUUAAUGUGUUUUUUGCUCAGUAAUAACAUCUACAACAUCAUUAUUGUAUAGAGAAAUUUAUUGGUGCAACCUUACAAUAUUUAAAUUAUCACUAACAUAAUUUUUUGUGUUUGGUUGUUAGCCACCCUAGUUUUCAGGCAUUUGCAAUAUUAUGCUCAACAAUUGACCAAUUUUUGAACAGAACAAUGUAUGUUUUCUGUUCAAGCUUCUGUCCUCUCACACCACAAGUUUUGUCGCUGAGCAAUCAUUGGCUGGAAAAAAAUUAAUCGUGUUAUUAUAACAAGGUACAAUAAUUUUUGUAAAUUAAAACAUAUCAAAUGUGGUAAUUAUG